AUGGAUCAUCAAAGAAGUAAAACAGUUUUAAUUCUUGAUCAUAGUAGUUUUUUUGCUCGUCCAUCGGGUGUUACAUUUAAUGUUAAUGUUCAAAAUAACGAACAACAACAACAGCAGCAACAUGAUGAAACUAAUAAUGAAAAUACUCUGGGUAUGAAAUCAUUAUGGACAUGUGUCGUAGAAUGUGUUCUUGAAUAUUGUCGAAUUUUAUUUGAUAUAUUUGAAGAUGAUGCACUUAUUACACUUAUAGUUACAGGUAUUGAUCAACGUGAUCAAUCAUCAUGGUGGAAUCGAUAUAAAAAUCUUUCACAAUGUAUGGAAUUUUUUGCUGGUAUUCAACCACCAAACGAACGUUCAACAGUCAAUGAUGAUGAUCUUUUAAAACAUUCACUUAAUGAAGCAAUAACAGCACUAUGCACACGUUCAAAAAAACAACAUGUUCCAAGUGAAUCAGAUUAUACAAAUAGUGGACAUAUUAUUCUAUUUUCAACUUUUAAUACUAAACGUAUUGAAACAAUCGAAAAAGAUGCUCGAACAUUUCAUGAAUCUCAUAAUCAUAUGGCACUUGAAGUGACUGAUUUUGUCCCACUAACAAAAUGUGAUUUAACAUUAGUUGAUAUUCGAUCACUUGAUCAAUCUGUACCAACAACACAUCCAGAAUUACAUUCAGUAACUUCUAUUCUUCAUCGUACACUUUAUUAUGCUCAAGCUGGUCAAAUGUUAUUCACACGAAUGCUACAAAUGUUAUUAAAACAACAUAAUUUAGCAUUAACAACUGUCACUGGUAUUCCAAUGAAAGAAGAUGUUGCGUCACGUUCAAGUUUAAUUUAUGAUGUUGAUAUUGUUCAUCCAGCUGAAGUUCAUGAUAGUUUACGUGAACGAGCACCAUUAAAAUAUUGGCGUCAAAUUAAAGAAGAUGUCGAAACAAUCGUUCUUAAAUGGAGUGCAUUUUCUUAUGAUCCAGAAAAUUAUUACGAUACUUAUACAGCUUAUCGUUUUUCACCAUUAGAUGUAAAUAGUCGUGAAUCAGCAUGUUUAACAAAUUUUUUACUUAGUGGUAAAUGUGUUUUACUUGAACUUGGUAAUUUACCAAAUGAAUGUACAAUUAAUAUUAAUGAAUAUGGUGAUGAAAAUAGUUUAAACACAUCUGAUAUUGAUAUGUCAUUAUCAUCAACCGCAACAACAGCAGCGGGAGCAGCAGCAGCAGCAGCCAAUAAUAGACUUUUUUCUCAUAUGAUUAUUUCACAUAAUCAAGAAUUAAUGAUCCAUGCUCUUGCAUUUGGUUCAAAUAAUCCAAUGAGUAAAAUAGGACCAUGUUAUAUUGUCAAUGAUGAAAAAGAUAAUAUAUCAAUAAAUGAUUUAGAAGAAUUAAUGGAUGAAAUAGAUGAUGAUAUGUUAGAAAAAGAUUUACGUGUUGAAAGUUUUAUUAAUAUUAUACGUACAACAACACUUUAUCCAUUAGACACAAUGCCAAGUGGAAAAAUUCCUAUUGAAGAUUCUCUUCGACUUCUUGAACGUCAUACACGUCGAUGUCCAGUAUUGAUUAACGAGACAAUUCUAUUCAAUAUGCCAGCGCCAAUAAAUCAAUUAACAAGUUUAAUCUUACGUGAAAAAUUGUCAGAUGAUGAUAUAGGAAAAUGUGUACUGGCUUUGAAACAUAUUGACAAAAUGGAAAAAAAUGGUGAUGUAUUACCAGUACCGAAUAAUUUUCAAUAUACAACAAAAAUAAUGACUGCUAAAGCUAAAAAAGAUGAAGCAUAUCGAUUUUUAUGGCGUGAAAUUGAAUAUUUUGUUCGUGGAUACAAAGAUACUUCAGAUGGUCAUCGACAUAUUUAUCAAAAUAUUCUCGAACGACGAAAAGUAGAUAAUGAAAGUGAUACAUCAGUUUAUCCAAGUAAUAAAAUUGAUUUUGUUUUUCCUACUGAUGAAACAUCAUCGAAUGGAAUGACAAUGAUAAAACGUGACAAAAAUUCUCAAGAUAAUAAUGAAAAAACAAACGGUCGAGUAUGGACAGAAUUUAGUGAUAUUAAACAAGUUAUAGCGACUAAUUCAUUACGAGAUAUGUGGAAUCGAAAACAACAAGAAAAACGAGCUCCGGAAUUCGAUGGUCGAGCUGAAAAUCCUCCACCACGAACGAUUCCGCUCUAUGUUAAUUUAAAUACUAAACAUCCACUUACAAAUACGAGUGCGAUUCCAUCUACAUUACCAUAG